UUGGUGUGUCUGAACUGUAUAUAUUGUUGAGACCAAGAUCUCGCCCUUAACUUAUGCAUAUACAAGAUAGAUAUGAGUAGAGAGGAUUUCAUCAAUUUUUCCGGUUUUACCCAACCGGGCCGUCUCAGCCUUCCUAGGGCAUCAACCUCAAGCUUAAGCUCAGUCUCCGGAGAUGUCAACGCGCAAGGAGGCCUGCUGCCGAUCGCCAACAUCGGGCGAAUCAUGAAGGGCGUGCUGCCGCCGGAGGCCAAGGUGUCAAAGAGCUCCAAGGAGACGAUGCAGGAGUGCGCCACGGAGUUCAUCGGCUUCGUCACCGGCGAGGCCUCGGAGCGGUGCCGGCGGGAGAGGCGCAAGACGAUGAACGGCGACGACAUCUGCCAUGCCAUGAAGAGCCUCGGCCUCGACCACUACGCCAGCGCCAUGCACAGGUACCUCCAGAGGUAUCGCGAGGGCGAGGAGCUCGCGGCGGCGCUCAACAACAGCAUUAGGGCGCCGCCGGCCGAUGACGACAUGAUCCAGAUAGACGUCAGGGCGCAGCUGUCCAUCUCUAGGGGCCAAGAGAAGCAUGGUACGAAUUGAUUAACCGUACGUGGGCAAUGAAGCAAAUUAUACUCCCCCGAUCGUCGAUCGAUCCUCUCACGGGUUAAUCGUGUGUUUGUUGCAAUUUGUGUGUGUACGCUGGUGACGUACUGACGUGAAAUAGCUCUUGUGUUUAUGCACUACUCUCGUAUUCGUGCGUACUACCAUGUAUUAACAGUGUACCCUUCUUUUGCAAGAACACUGUACCUUGUCAUGCAAUGGAUAUUUUCAUGAAAUGUUUCAACUUGGUUGUCGCCCACUUAGUCAUGUAAA